AUGCAUCGUCUUUUUGCUGAGCUGGAGCCAUCUUUAACCGUCACAGAGCAAAACCUGGCAGACCGAGUUCGGUAUAUCUUGCGCUCAAAUAUAUUUGAUGUCGCCGAACUCGGACGGCUACGACGUGAGGCUGUUCCCUCGUCGGAUGAGAAUGCUACGGCUGAGGAUGCGGCGCCACAAAUGGUAGAGCAACCCGCAAACGUUGAUGCCGCCGUGAAUACCCCAGUUGUGGUUGAUUCAAACGAUGAUGGAACAGUCGCCCAGGAACUGGAAUUAGAGCAUAUGAGGAGUACAUUGGAAGAGGCGAUUGUGGAAACGCGCAGUACGCCUCUCGAAAAUCGACCGCGACUUCCCCGCAUAGCCCUAAGCAAGCGGAAUCGGGCUGUCGUGAGGGCUUUGAACCCAAUGCUGGUGACCUAUUUGGAAGCCAGCCGGGACCUUUGCGAGACGGACUCAAUUCUUUUUGGCGCCGCGCUGGCAGUCUGCCGUAUCAUAGGCGCCAAGGUUUCCACGGCUGGACGCGCUACUGGCCAUAGUAGCGCUAUCCCAGCAUGGAGAAGAAGAAUUGAGGAACGUAUCGCAAAGGCUAGAGCUCUCAUCGGCAGACUGAUAUGCUUCAGAUCAGGCAACAACAGGCCAAGAAUUGUGCGCACCGUCAGGAUGGCGUUUGCUGGGACAAAUGUCAGUUUGUCCCAGCCGGAUAUAACGCAAAAACUGACGGAGCGCAUAGAUGAUCUGAAGCAGAGAAUCGCUGCUUGGGGAAAGCGGAUUCGGCGAUAUACCGAGAGGUCGACACGGUUCAACCAGAAUCGUCUCUUCCAGAGUGAUCAGAAGCGGCUCUAUGAAUCAUUGGAGCGACCAAUGGUAAGUGGAACGGGUCCAGCACCGAAUCAGGCCGACACUGUAGCAUUCUGGCGCGGCCUGUGGUCAGAGCCCGUAAACCACAGCGAGGGCCCUUGGACGGAAGUUGUGGCGAGUCAGUGUGCGGGUAUUACGCCCAUGGACCCCGUCAUCAUAACGCCGGAUGACGUAGCUGAGGCGGUCCGUAGGGCCCCGAACUGGAAAAGUCCGGGGCUUGACGGGCUGCAUCACUACUGGCUGAAGGGGUUCAUGCACACUGAGUUUGCGUGUUUAUAUUGCGACUACCCGCAAAAAAAAACUACCCGCAAAAAAAAAUGCCUUUGCGAGACGGACUCAAUUCUUUUUGGCGCCGCGCUGGCAGUCUGCCGUAUCAUAGGCGCCAAGGUUUCCACGGCUGGACGCGCUACUGGUCAUAGUAGAGCUAUCCCAGCAUGGAGAAGAAGAAUUGAGGAACGUAUCCCAAAGGCUAGAGCUCUCAUCGGCAGACUGAUAUGCUUCAGAUCAGGCAACAACAGGCCAAGAAUUGUGCGCACCGUCAGGAUGGCGUUUGCUGGGACAAAUGUCAGUUUGUCCCAGCCGGAUAUAACGCAAAAACUGACGGAGCGCAUAGAUCAUCUGAAGCAGAGAAUCGCUGCUUGGGGAAAGCGGAUUCGGCGAUAUACCGAGAGGUCGACACGGUUCAACCAGAAUCGUCUCUUCCAGAGUGAUCAGAAGAGGCUCUAUGAAUCAUUGGAGCGACCAAUGGUAAGUGGAACGGGUCCAGCACCGAAUCAGGCCGACACUGUAGCAUUCUGGCGCGGCCUGUGGUCAGAGCCCGUAAACCAUAGCGAGGGCCCUUGGACGGAAGUUGUGGCGAGUCAGUGUGCGGGUAUUACGCCCAUGGACCCCGUCAUCAUAACGCCGGAUGACGUAGCUGAGGCGGUUCGUAGGGCCCCGAACUGGAAAAGUCCGGGGGCUUGA